AUGGUCUCCGGCGCACCCCAGCCCUCCUACACCAAGACCAGGCACACGGCCACAUACCCAGCCAUCAACCCGGAACUCCCCGCGCUCAGCAAUGCAGGCAAAGUAGUCCUCCUGACGGGCGCGAGCGGCGGCAUCGGCCGGGCCGCGGCCGUCUCGUUCGCCAGGUCCAAGCCCAAGGCGCUCAUCCUCCUGGGCCGGCGGGCCGAGGAGCUGCAAAAGACGGCCGAGCUCGUCCGCUCGGCGGCGGCCGGCCCAGACGCCGCCGUCGUCGUCGUCGAGACCCACGCCGUCGACCUGCGCCAGCCGGCCGCCGUCCGCGCCGUGACCGACGCCGCGGCCCGGUCCUUCGGCGGGAUCGACGUCCUGGCCCACUGCGCCGGCGUCCUGGCGCCCGUGCAGCGGCUCCUCGACACCGACCCCGCCACGCUCCUCGCGGGCUACGAGACGACGCUCGUCGGCGGCCUCGCCGUCGCGCAGGCCGUGCUGCUCUCCAACGGCCCGGAGGCGGCGCGGCCGCUGACUUUCCUCAACGUGACGACGGCGGGCGUCCUGUUCCCGGCCUUCCCGGGCAUGGGCGCCUACGUGAGCAGCAAGAUGGCCGCCGUCAAGCUGCUCGACGCCCUGGCCGGCGAGAACCCGCACGUCCGCCUCACGCACGUGCACCCGGGCUUCCUGCCGACGGCCAUGUCGGCCGAGCUGGCCAAGACGACUAAGCUGCCCUUUGACUAUGACGACAUCUCCUUACCGGCCGAUUUUCUCGUCUGGGCGGCCUCCUCCGAGGCCGACUUCCUGCGCGGCAAGAUUGUAUUCGCGGCGUGGGACGUGGACGAGCUCAAGGCGCGCAGGCAGCAGAUCGCGGGAUCACCGGAGCGGCCUGGCAGCGGCGAGCUGCAUGUAGGAUUCGUGGGAUUCCCUAGGUACAUUGGCGAGAUGGCUCUGCCCGGGACGUCGUAG